AUCACUGUGCGCCGUCAGCGUGAAGGACCUUCAGAGAUGCAUGUGAGUGCGUCGAGUGGAGCUUUAAUAAAAUGCGCGUUAUUUUCGAGUAAAACUGGAGUUUAUUCUCGUGUAGUUCAUACGCAACAUCCCGUUAUUUCUCCGCAUAACGUCGGUAAAAGUCUGCGUCGCAUCGUUUGUUAUUCACGUUGUCAACAGAGCAGUUCGACGAUGCAGCGGGCGGCAACGGCUCCGGAGGCGCCGGUGCACGAGCCCGCGUCCGCUAAAGAGGCUCCGGGAGCCGGCAAACGCAAAAGCGACGAGUCGGGGGAGCCCGAGACGAGGCAACGAGGAAAGAGGCGGAGAGGAGCCGGGGGCAAGAAGCUCCGUCCGGGCGAACGGUACGUCCCCCCGCCGCAGAAGCGGAACCCCGGCGUCAGCUUCAGCCAGGAGCACUUCGACGAGACCUCCUACUACUUUGAAGGCGGCCUUCGCAAAGUCAGACCGUACUACUUUGACUUCAAAACCUACUGCAAAGGCCGCUGGGUCGGAAAGAGCCUGCUGGAGGUGUUCAAGAGCGAGUUCAGAGCCGAGUCCAUCGAGUAUUACGAGAAGGCGGCGCAACAGGGUCGCAUCAGGCUCAACGACGCGGCGGUGGAGGACCUGUCGGUGGUGCUCAGGAAUAAUGACCUCAUGAAGAACACGGUGCACCGCCACGAGCCGCCUGUGGUCGGCACGCCCCUCCAGAUUCUGGUGGACGACGGUGAGGUGCUGGUAGUGGACAAGCCCGCCUCCAUCCCAGUUCACCCAUGCGGCCGUUUCCGCCACAACACGGUGAUCUUUAUCCUGGGGAAGGAGAGGGGAAUGUCUGAGCUUCAUACUGUCCACAGGCUGGACAGGCUCACAUCUGGAGUCCUGCUGUUUGCCAGGACGCUGGAAAGCUCAAAGAGACUGGACCAGUUGGUGAGAGACCGACAGCUUGAGAAGGAGUAUGUGUGCCGGGUAGAAGGAGAGUUUCCAGAGGGCGAGCUGAUUUGCGAGGAGCCCAUUCUGGUGGUGUCCUUUAAAAUUGGCCUGUGUCGGGUUGAUCCCAAAGGGAAGGAGUGCCGCACUGUCUUUCAGAGGCUCAGCUUUAAUGGGAAGAGCAGUGUGGUCCGCUGUUUGCCCCUCACUGGGCGCACACACCAGAUCAGGGUGCACCUCCAGUACCUAGGCUUCCCUAUUCUAAAUGAUCCCAUCUACGGCUCCUUAGCGUGGGGCCCUAACAGGGGGAAGGGUGGCCUGGUGGGGAAGAGCGACGAAGAGCUGCUGCAGGCUCUGGUGGAGGAACACCAGUCUGAAGACAGUCUCCACCUGAUGGAUUUACCCCAUGAUGGCGUAGGACUGAAAGAGGUGGAUAAAAACGAUGCCUCGGACAUAAAGGAGAAGUCUGUUGGGUCAACAGAACCCAAGCACCAGGAAAGUCUUCAGGCAGAGACAUGUGGUGGGGACGCCGGCUGUAGCUCAAACAACGAGCCAAGAAAUGAGGCGAAUGGGGACACGAACCGUGACGACACGGCGCCGACCAGCGCCGAAGGAUGUGCUGCUGGCUCCGCUCAGGAAGCCCCUAGAGACCAACUGUGUAGCGAGUGUAAACUGGUACGACCGGAUCCCACAGAAAAGGAUCUCAUCAUGUACCUCCACGCUUUACGAUACAAAGGACCGGACUUUGAAUAUGCCACACGUUUACCGGACUGGGCCAAAGAGGACUGGGUCGACGCCAAAUAGGUUUCAUUUUGAUCCGACGGGAACAGACAAGAAAUUCAUUUAUUUCAGUUUUUAUGUUGCUUCCACCAAAAUUGAACAUGCGGAAAAAUAUUUACCUUUUUGACUUAAGUUAUUGACAGCCUUAAACACAAAUCCAGUAAAUUCCUGUUUCUUCACGUCUCCAGCCUGUAAUCUGUCUCUUACCUCACUGAUUUUAAAUAAACAAGAGGCCAAGUGUGCAGCAAAAUAA